AAAAAGGCAAAGGGGGAGGACAUUUAUUGCACGUACUUCUUUUUUGUGCUCGAGAAGCAUGAUAAAUAGAAAUCAGACAUGCAGACCAAAUUAGAAUUCAGAAGAACUUCAAGACAGAAACACAUCAAACACUGGAAAGUUUGGUGAAGACCCUUUAAAAACUUGACUGUCCUGCACAGAGCCCUGACCCCAACCCCAUCCAAUACCUUGGGGAUCAAUUGGAAAGCCAAAUGCUUGUCAGGCCUGAUCGCUCAAUCAGUGCCCGACCUCACUAAUGCUAUUCUGGCUGAAUAGGAGCAAAUCCUUGUCUUUUUUAUUUAAGUAAACAUAUAUUUGUUUUGUUUUUUGCUAGCCAUCAUUUAGCACUGAAAUUAAAGACCAGUUCAAUUUCUUUCCUAGCAAAACACAUCCAUUGCAUAUUGCAUACACAGCAUAUAUAAACACAUAAAUAUUAACGUUUUUAAAGGAGUGAUUAAGGAUGUAUCUGAUGGGGAAUCGUUCUUCAAGGAUUUACAUGAGGAAACAGCUGUCAGAAAAGAUGGCUGACGGCAGCAAGAAAGUCAGUUUCCAUGAGGUAAAGCCUGGUGCUUUGAUCGAGAUCAGUAGAAAAAAUAAACAAUAUGAAGACUGGGCCUUGUGCGUGAAAGAAAAUGAAGUCAUUCACGUUGUCGAGCUAUGCGAUAGAAAAGCCAUAAUUAAACAAGAGAAACUGGAAAAAGUGGUGGGAUCAGACCAAUGGUGUGUGAAUCACUGCUUGGAUGAGAUUUAUGGUGCUACGGAUGUCCAACUCAUGCUGGAAGAAGCCCAGAAAAUGAAUGACACAGAAGUACCCUACAGUCUCCUUACCAAUUACGGAAAGCAUAAGUUCACCAAAUGGAGACGUGGGAAACCUGAGUUAGUCCAGGUAGAGCCUGGUGACAUGAUUGAGAUCAGUAGAAAAGGUGGACUAUAUAAACACUGGGCCCUGUACAUGGGAGAAAAUGAAGUCAUUAACGUUUACUGCCAAUCCCCUACAAAAGCCAUAAUUAAACAAGAGAAACUGGAAAAAGUGGUGGGAUCAGACAAAUGGCGUGUGAAUAAUUACGUGGAUGAGAUUUAUGGUGCUAGGGACAUCAAAGUCAUACUGGACGAAGCCCAGGAAUUGAAAGACAAAGAAGUACCCUACAAUGUCCUUACCAAUAACUGCGAGCAUAUGGUCACUAAAUUGAGAUGUGGGAAAGCCAUGUCACGCCAGGCUCAGAUGGCUGGUAUGCUGAUGUUCCUUGUGCUCUUUGUAGUUGUACCUAUAAAAGUUUACUGGAUAAAGAGAAGGCCUGUCCAACGCCAGGUCACUGGCAUGCAUCACCGCAGGAGCAUCACUGGACGUACUGAGCCUGUCCGUCACCAGGGUCGCCAGAGGAGCAGCACUGGACCUACGGAAGAUAAGGGAGA